UGUCUGGCACCUUAACACGACAACAACAACAAAUACGGCAGCAGCAGCAGCAACAACAAAAACAACAGAAACAGCAGCAACAACAACACGCACAAUAAUAAGGCCCGUGACGUUGUCGCUGCCGUCACCGUCACCAAAAGACCAAAACUAGCAGAAAAACAAACAGCAAAAGUCGCUUUCGUUCUUCUCGCCCAACUAGGCACUGAAUUUUGAUUAUCCCAGAGUUACCGGAACAGCCUCAACACGAAUUACUUACCGUUACUUACCCUGCAGCGGCGAUCGACUGUGGUUGCCAGCGCCUCAGAGCCAGGAUCAGCCACCCGGCUCCCGGACUCGCCCCUGAUCACCUCCAAUACCAUCACCAGCAGAAGCAGCAACAGCAUCAACAUCAAAAAUAUCAGCCAAAGCAGCAGCGGCUACAGCGGCGAUAACCACUCCCGGAGCCAGGGAUCCUGGCAAGAAACAGACACAGGCAGCAUGAGCAUGGACCACUCCCUGACCGCCCUGCCUACGGUGGUAAAAGAGGGAUGGCUGUUGAAGCGGGGCGAGCACAUAAAGACCUGGCGGCAACGCUACUUUAAGCUCCACUCCGACGGAGCACUGAUGGGAUACCGCAGUAAACCGAACGACAGCUCCAGCACGACGUCGGAGCAGCUCAACAACUUUACAGUGCGCGGCUGUCAGAUUAUGUCAGUGGAUCGGCCGAAGCCUUUCACCUUUAUCAUCCGCGGCCUUCAGUGGACCUCUGUGAUCGAGCGAACGUUCGCAGUGGACACGGAACUAGAGCGUCAGCAGUGGACGGAGGCCAUCCGCAAUGUCUCCAGUCGGCUAAUCGAGAUGGGCGAAAUGGCCAUGUCGCCGUCGGUGCAGACAGACAUGGCUGACGUGGACAUGGCUGGUAUUGCCGAGGUGGAGCUCUCUGAGCAAUUCUCCGUGCAAGGUACCACCUGCAACAGCAGCGGCAUUAAGAAAGUGACACUGGAAAACUUUGAGUUCCUCAAGGUGCUCGGCAAGGGCACCUUCGGUAAGGUUAUCCUGUGUCGCGAGAAAGCCACUGCCAAGCUGUACGCGAUCAAAAUUCUCAAAAAGGAGGUCAUCAUCCAGAAGGACGAGGUGGCGCAUACCCUGACCGAAAGUCGUGUACUCAAAUCCACAAACCAUCCGUUCCUCAUUUCACUUAAAUAUUCGUUUCAAACCAACGACCGCCUGUGCUUCGUAAUGCAGUAUGUGAACGGAGGCGAGCUCUUCUGGCAUCUUAGCCACGAGAGGAUCUUCACCGAGGACCGCACCCGCUUUUAUGGAGCUGAAAUCAUUUCGGCCCUUGGCUAUCUUCAUUCACAGGGCAUCAUUUACCGCGACUUGAAGCUGGAGAAUCUUUUGCUGGACAAAGAUGGCCACAUCAAGGUCGCCGACUUCGGUCUGUGUAAAGAGGACAUCACCUACGGCCGUACAACGAAAACCUUCUGCGGCACUCCAGAAUACCUAGCGCCGGAAGUAUUAGACGAUAAUGACUAUGGCCAGGCAGUCGACUGGUGGGGCACUGGCGUGGUCAUGUACGAGAUGAUUUGUGGACGUCUUCCGUUUUACAAUCGUGAUCAUGAUGUGCUUUUUACGCUAAUCCUAGUGGAAGAGGUCAAAUUCCCCCGCAAUAUCACAGAUGAGGCGAGGAACCUGCUUGCCGGUCUGCUAGCCAAGGAUCCAAAGAAGCGUUUGGGCGGUGGCAAGGAUGAUGUCAAGGAGAUUCAAGCACAUCCCUUCUUUGCGAGUAUUAACUGGACAGAUCUGGUCCAGAAGAAGAUUGAACCGCCUUUCAAGCCUCAAGUGACAUCCGAUACGGAUACAAGGUACUUCGACAAAGAGUUUACGGGCGAGAGUGUGGAACUGACGCCGCCGGAUCCUACAGGGCCGCUGGGUUCCAUAGCAGAAGAGCCGCUAUUUCCGCAGUUCAGCUACCAAGGAGACAUGGCCUCCACGUUGGGCACCGCGUCGCACAUUAGUACUUCCACAAGUCUCGCAUCGAUGCAAUAGAACAAGUUUACAAACUUUUACAAGCACACACAUCAUGUUCUGCUUCAUCACCUAUAACUAUACUAUACCUAUAACAUAUAGAAAUGGGCAAAAGAAAACAAAAAGCAAGAAAAUAUUAAAUAAUAAUUAUAUGAUGAUAACGAAGGCAAGUGAAGGGUUUUCUUGCUAAGUUAUACUAUAUACACACACCAAUAUAAGAGAAUUCAUUUGAUAGUAA